GGUUGCUGAUGGCGACUAUUAUCUGAAAAGGAAAAAUCUUUCGGUUGUUUUUCGUAUCAUGUUGACCUGUGCGAGGGUUAGAAGCAAAGGUGUUUUAAAUCCGCUCUCAACAGCUUACCAGGUUUUAGGAAGACGCACUCUUCAUCGAGAGCCCCUGCAUCCAGAAUGGGCUGAACUUGCAAAGAAACAGUUAAAAGGUGCCGAUCCAGAAAAAAAGUUGACAUGGCAUACUCCUGAGGGUAUUGACAUCAAACCUGUGUACACCAAAACAGACACACAGCACUCUGAGGAAGAGGUACCUGGAAAGUUUCCAUUUACAAGAGGACCGUACCCCACCAUGUACACUAACCGCCCAUGGACCAUCAGACAGUAUGCAGGUUUUAGUACUGUUGAGGAAAGUAACAAGUUUUACCGUGACAACAUUAAAGCUGGACAGCAAGGACUCAGUGUUGCAUUCGAUCUUGCUACGCAUAGAGGGUAUGAUUCAGACAACCCUAGGGUGCAUGGUGAUGUUGGAAUGGCUGGAGUUGCAGUGGAUUUAGUAGAAGAUAUGAAGAUGCUAUUUGAUGGUAUACCUUUGGAUAAGAUGUCAGUUUCCAUGACAAUGAAUGGUGCUGUCUUACCAGUGUUGGCAAUGUAUAUUGUUGCAGCAGAGGAACAAGGAGUAAAACAAGAGCAGCUGUCAGGGACCAUCCAGAAUGACAUCCUAAAAGAAUUCAUGGUGCGGAAUACUUACAUCUUUCCUCCUGAGCCAUCCAUGAAGAUCAUUGGCGACAUCUUCUCUUUCACCUCACAGAAUAUGCCAAAGUACAACAGUAUUUCAAUCUCUGGCUACCACAUGCAAGAAGCCGGAGCAGAUGCUGUGCUGGAAAUGGCUUUCACUCUAGCUGAUGGUCUGGAGUACUGCAGAACAGGACUCAAAGCUGGACUAAACAUUGACAGUUUUGCACCCCGUUUGUCCUUCUUCUGGGGAAUUGGGAUGAAUUUCUACAUGGAAAUAGCAAAGAUGAGAGCUGCCCGCAGACUGUGGGCUCGUCAGAUUGAGGAGAAUUUCAAACCAAAGAAUAUGAAGUCCUGCAUGUUGAGGACUCACUCGCAGACUUCUGGCUGGUCUCUCACUGAGCAGGAUCCAUAUAACAACAUCAUCAGGACAACAAUAGAGGCGAUGGCAGCAGUUUUUGGUGGAACCCAGUCCUUGCAUACCAACUCGUUCGACGAGGCCUUAGCACUACCCACGCCUUUCAGUGCUAGGAUUGCUCGUAACACGCAGAUCAUUCUCCAAGAGGAGUCGGGGAUUCCUAAUGUUGCAGACCCAUGGGGUGGGUCGCACAUGAUGGAGUGUCUCACCGACGAGAUAUACGAAAAAGGCCUGGCUGUCAUUAACGAGGUUGAAAAAAUGGGAGGUAUGGCUAAAGCUGUCGCCGCUGGAAUGCCGAAACUGAGAAUCGAGGAAUGUGCAGCCAAGCGACAGGCGAGGAUUGACGCGGGAUCAGAAACUAUCGUCGGUGUUAAUAAAUAUCGCUUGGCUAAAGAAGAAGAAAUAGACGUGCUUGUUGUGGAUAACACCAAAGUGCGAGAGAGCCAGCUAGAGAAAAUAAAGCGUGUCAAGGAGACGCGAAAUCAAGACGAGGUGAAUCUUGCCAUGAAUGCCAUAUCAGAAUGCUGCAAAACAGGAGAAGGGAAUCUUCUUGAUCUUGCUGUCAAAGCAGCAAGGGUUCGCUGCACUGUGGGCGAGAUUACCGAGGCAAUGGAGAGGGUGGUUGGCAGGCAUGUCGCCAGUGAUCGCAUGGUCAGCGGUGCCUACAAAACAGAGUUUGGCGAAUCCGAUGAAAUCAACAAGUGCAUGAAGAAAGUUGAGGCCUUUGUGGAACAGGAAGGCCGUCGUCCCAGGAUCCUUGUUGCUAAAAUGGGUCAAGAUGGGCACGAUAGAGGUGCAAAGGUUAUCGCUACUGGAUUCGCUGAUCUGGGAUUUGAUGUCGACAUUGGACCUCUCUUCCAGACUCCUAAUGAAGUUGCUCAACAGGCCGUGGACGCGGAUGUUCAUGUGGUGGGAAUUAGUUCCCAGGCUGCUGGACACAAAACGCUGAUUCCUGAGUUGAUAUCACAGAUGAAGUCAAUGGGAAGAGGUGAUAUCGUUGUCGUGUGUGGUGGUGUUAUUCCACCGCAAGACUACCAGUUCCUUUAUGAUUCGGGAGUUCACUGCAUCUUCGGUCCCGGAACACGCAUACCAGUGGCGGCCAUGGAUGUCCUAGAUGCAAUACAGAACAAUAAUGCUGACCAAAAAACUGCCGCAUAAUCUGACAAGCCAAACUCUUGACCGGUUUUCAUAGCGGAGGCCUUCAAGUCUAGUUGAAGGGUUAUGUUAUCUCAGAAAACCCUGACGUGUCUCCAGUGACGUUGCAAAGGGAAAUUUUCCGUUGAAUCAGGCUCCCGCUAUUUCAAUAUUUUUCUGGUUUCCCUUCCAAAAAAUUUACCUUAAAUGCAAUGCUUUGUCUCUCCUUUAAACUUAUUCCACUGCAUUAUUCUUAGUUGGUCCGCCUGUAAACUGGUGAUGUGGCUAAUUGAUCUAACUAUUUAAGUUAUGACAUGUUAACUGUAAAUACAAAAUAUAGAAAGAGAGAGUUAUCAAUGCAUUCAUCAUAGUGAACUCGUGCCUUUUAAGAUAGGCGCUUAAGGGUAGAUGGUUUGCCUUGGAAGACCUGGUGGCGUACCUUCCUGACCCGUUCCAAUCCCUCUCGCGCUUCUAAAGAUCAAUAAUAAGCGACUAGGGAUAAGAUAACUUGAGGAGCACUCGAAGAGCUAUGUAGAGGCAAAACAUUUCAGCGAAUAAAUGAGGACCGUAACAGGA